AUGUCGCUGGUGGGCGGCUUGGUCAAUAGCCCGGACAGGACCGAAGAGACUGCUGGUGUCCCGGUGCCUGGCCAUGUUCGCCGCACCAGUUUCGCAGAGGACUUGCCUCAUCGGUAUUCCAACAGCUCUCAACAUAGACCUUCCAUGGACGGCCGACGACAUAGCAGCAACCACGCUCCGGCUGUGCCCGAGGAGAAGGCUACUAGCGACAGCUCGGAGGACGAUGAGACCGAGCAGAUCAAACACCUUGCCCGCGAGAUGACCAGAGCUUCUACCUAUUCCAAUGUCGCCUCAAACCCCUGGGAAUACGAAAAGGACUCGAUCCUGGACCCCAAUUCCGACAACUUUCGCGCCAGAGCUUUCACCAGAUCAAUGCUCAAGCUGUUACAGGAGGAAGGCGAAGAGCGACACCUUGCCAGAAGUGCUGGCUUUUCCUUUCGCAAUCUCAGCGCUCACGGUUUCGGCACCGGUACCGAUUAUCAGAAAUCAGUGGGAAACAUCUACCUCCAGGCCGCUGGUGUCUUUCGCAGACUGAUGGGAGCUUCUCAACGAAGGAUUGACAUCCUCCAGAAUUUCGAUGGUCUGGUUCAUGCUGGUGAGAUGCUGGUGGUCUUGGGCCCUCCCGGUUCUGGCUGCUCGACGUUCCUGAAGACCGUCACCGGUGAAACUCAUGGCUUCAACGUUGAUCCUGAGUCUCGCAUCAAUUAUCAGGGCAUCAGCUACGAGAACAUGCACAAGCAAUUCCGCGGCGAAACAAUCUACACCGCCGAGGUUGACGUGCACUUCCCACAGCUGACUGUCGGCGAGACUCUCUAUUUUGCUGCUCGCGCCAGAGCCCCUCGCCAUAUUCCCGGCAGCAUUUCCAAGAAGCAGUACGCGAUGCACAUUCGCGAUAUGAUGAUGGCCACUUUCGGUAUCCGCCACACGAUCAACACCCGAGUUGGCAAUGACUUCGUCCGUGGCGUGUCCGGCGGUGAACGAAAGCGCGUCACCAUUGCUGAAGCUUGCCUCAACGGCUCUCCUCUUCAAGCUUGGGACAACUCAACCCGAGGCCUCGACUCGGCCAAUGCUAUCGAAUUUUGCAGGACUCUCAGAAUGUCUACUGAGCUGCAGAACAUGACAGCCGCGGUUGCAAUCUAUCAAGCCCCGCAGGCUGCCUAUGAUCUUUUCGAUAAGGCUCUCGUCUUGUAUGAGGGUCGGCAGAUCUACUUUGGAAGCACCAAGACUGCUCGCGCCUUUUUCGAAAACAUGGGCUUCGAGUGCCCUCAUCGCCAAACUGAUGCCGAUUUCUUGACUUCCAUGACCAGCGCGGCUGAGAGAAAGGUCCGCUCAGGCUUUGAACACCGAGUUCCUCGAUCUCCGGACGAAUUUGCCAAGCGCUGGAAGGAAAGCCCCGAGUAUGCUGCCCUUAUCAAGGACAUCGAGCAGUACGAGAGGGAUCAUCAAAUCGGUGGCGAGCACUACGAAAAGUUCCAGGCUUCACGCCAGCUUCAAAAAGCCAAGGCCCUUCGACCAAAGUCUCCUUACACACUCUCUUACAAGCAGCAGGUCCAGCUUACACUUUGGCGUGGAUUCCGACGUCUUGCUGCCGACCCUUCGGUCACGGCUUUCAUGCUCUUCUCCAACGUUUUACUCGGUUUAAUCAUCUCUUCGGUCUUCUACAACCUUGACGAAACUACGAAUUCCUUCUUCUCGCGCGGUGCGCUACUGUUUUUCGCUAUCCUGAUGAAUGCUUUCGGUUCGGCCCUCGAGAUCCUGACUCUUUAUGCACAACGGCCCAUUGUCGAAAAGCAUCAACGCUACGCCUUGUACCAUCCGUCGGCUGAAGCUUUUGCGUCAAUGCUCACGGACAUGCCGUACAAGAUCUGCAACGCCAUAACCUUCAACUUGGUCAUCUACUUCAUGACGAAUCUUAGGAGAACGCCGCAAGCAUUCUUCUUUUUCUUGCUCAUCUCUUUCAUGCUAACUUUGGUCAUGAGCAUGAUGUUUCGCACAAUCGCCUCAGUAUCACGGUCGCUCAGCCAGGCACUUGCCCCAGCUGCAAUUCUGAUUCUGGCUAUUGUCAUCUAUACUGGGUUCGCUAUUCCGACCACCUAUAUGUUGGGCUGGUCACGCUGGAUCAACUACAUCGAUCCCGUGGCGUAUGGAUUCGAAGCACUCAUGAUCAACGAGUUUUCAAACCGCAUGUUCCCCUGCGCAAGCUACAUCCCAUCAAACAACGGGUUUGAUCUCGGCUAUGAUGACGGCAGCCUGGCGAACCGAGUUUGCACAACGAUUGGAUCAGUGGUUGGCCAACCCGAAGUUUCCGGCGAUGCCUAUAUUGGAUCACUGUACCGCUACACCUCUAGCCACCGCUGGCGAAACUUUGGCAUUCUCUGGGUGUUCCUGAUCGGCUUGAUGUGCUGCUAUCUCGCUGCGGCUGAAGUCGUCUCUGCGAAGAAGUCCAAGGGUGAAGUCCUGGUCUUCCGCCGUGGACACAUUCCCCCUGCUGCCAAGGCUAUGAUCAACGAUGAUGAAAGUGGUAGCGGCAACAACGUUGUGACUGAGAAACAAGAAGUUCGCAAGCAGGACAUUUCUAACCUCAUCCAAAAACAGACCGCCAUCUUUCAAUGGAGCAAUGUCUGCUACGAUAUCAAGAUCAAGAAAGAAGAACGCCGGAUUCUCGAUCACGUUGAUGGCUGGGUCAAGCCUGGUACCCUCACAGCUCUGAUGGGUGAGUCAGGCGCUGGUAAAACCACGCUCUUGGAUGUUUUGGCUACCCGCGUCACCAUGGGUGUCAUCUCUGGCGACAUGCUUGUGGAUGGCCAGCAGAGAGACAGCUCUUUCCAGCGCAAGACCGGCUAUGUUCAGCAACAGGAUCUCCAUCUUGAAACUUCGACAGUGCGGGAGGCUCUAACUUUCAGCGCUGUGCUUCGUCAGCCAGCCCAUGUUUCUCGCGCCGAGAAGGUUGCCUAUGUCGACGAAGUCAUCAAGCUACUGGAAAUGGAAGACUACGCAGACGCCGUUGUCGGUGUUCCCGGUGAAGGUCUCAACGUUGAGCAGCGCAAGCGUCUCACCAUUGGUGUCGAAUUGGCUGCCAAACCCCAACUGCUUUUGUUCCUCGAUGAGCCUACGUCAGGCUUGGAUUCGCAAACCUCAUGGUCUAUCCUGGAUCUGCUCGAGAAGCUCAAGAACAACGGCCAGGCCAUCCUCUGCACCAUCCAUCAGCCAUCCGCAGUUCUAUUUCAACGUUUCGAUCGUCUACUCUUCCUUCAGAAGGGCGGCAAGACUGUCUACUUUGGGCCCAUCGGUGACCGCUCCAAGAUUCUGACGAGUUACUUUGAGCGCAACGGCGCACCCCCUUGUCCCACCGAAGCCAACCCUGCUGAAUGGAUGCUUGAGAUCAUCGGUGCUGCACCUGGCUCCUACACCGACAUUAACUGGUUCGACGUCUGGCGUUCGUCUCCCGAAUACGAAGCUGUUCACGCCGAGCUCCAGCAGAUCAGAGACGAGCGCGCAACCCAAAUGACCCGGGUUCAAACUCAGGAUAACAAGGCUCAGUACCGCGAGUUCGCCGCACCGUUCUGGACCCAACUGUAUGAGACUCAGGUCCGCGUCUUCCAGCAAUACUGGCGCACUCCCUCGUACAUCUACUCCAAGAUCGGCCUCAUCCUGUUCUCGGGUCUCUUCAUUGGUUUCUCCUUCUACAUGGCCGACAACACCAUCCAGGGUCUCCAGAACCAAAUGUUCGGCAUCUUCAUGUUGAUGACCAUCUUCGGCCAACUUGUGCAGCAGAUCAUGCCCAUGUUUGUCACUCAACGCGCUCUGUACGAAGUUCGCGAGCGUCCGUCCAAGACCUACUCCUGGCAAUCUUUCAUGAUCAGCAACAUCUUGGUCGAGAUCCCUUGGUCCAUCCUAUGCUCCGUCAUCCUGUUCUUCGUCUGGUACUACCCGAUCGGCCUGUACCGCAAUGCCGAGGACUCCAAUACCGUCCACGAACGCGGCGCCCUCAUGUUCCUAUUCAUCCUGGUCUUCCUCAUCUUCACCUCCACCUUUGCGCACAUGAUCAUCGCCGCUCUCGAAUCCGCCGAAGCUGGCGGUGGCAUUGCCAAUCUGCUCUUCUCCCUCUCACUCAUCUUCUGCGGUGUCCUUGCGGGUCCCAGCACCUUCCCUGGCUUCUGGAUUUGGAUGUACCGCGUCUCCCCCUUCACCUACCUGAUCGAAGGCUUCCUCACCACCGCCGUCGCCGACACGACCGUGCAAUGCGCUGCCAACGAGCUACUUCAAUUCUCACCCCCUGCCGGCUCCACUUGUGAAGAAUACAUGGCUCCGUGGAUAGGGGCCUUCGGCGGCGACCUUGAGCCCGGCACCGAGCAAUCCACCGAAAAUUGCUCGUACUGCAUGAUCACCGACACCAACGUCUUCCUCAACAGCGUUGCCAGUAACCCGGACAACAUGUGGCGCGAUUUUGGCUUGAUGUGGGUCUACAUCGCCGUCAAUGUCGCGGGUGCCGUCUUCUUCUACUGGCUCGGCCGCGUGCCCAAGGGCGCCCGCAAGCAGAGCGAGGAGGUUGCCGCCCAGAAGGAGAUCAAGCAGAUUGAGAGUCAGCGCGAGACCGUGCCGGUCGCGAAUGCGGGCGACGGUCUCGAGAGGAUGUCCACGGCGAGGACGGGCCCGUCGAGGUCGCAGAGUGAGGCGAAGGAGGUCAAGAGGGAGGAGGUUUAA